AUGCACGCCAGCUCAUUCCUGCCGCCGCCGCCGCCGCAGUCCGCCCCGGCCAAGCAGCAGCCGCCACCGCAAUCGUCGCUUCACCACCACCAUCACCAUCACCACCACCCGCACCCACACCCACACGCGCACCCGCACUCCCAGCCUCCGUCGUCGCUGCUCUACACCUCCUCGCCCGCCCUGUCGUCGCCCGGCCUGCCCGCCCCCGCCCCGCGCGAGCCGCUGCUCAACCUCAGCCCGCUGCCGCCCGACCGUCCCAGCAGCGGCCUCAAGAUCCGCCAUCUGCUGUACAACGCAACCGCCGCCACGCCCGCCUACUCUCAUCCGCCGCCACCAUCCACGCUGCUGCGCAAUCUCCCCGAUCCCCUUCACGACACCACCACCACCACUAGCGUUACCCCGGGCCAUGUCGUGCCCGCCUCCCAGCCCAUCCACAAGCGAGCCUACCGCCAGCGCCGCAAGGAUCCGAGCUGCGAUGCCUGCCGGGAGCGGAAGGUCAAGUGCGACGCCUCCGAGUCCGCCAGCUGCACGGAAUGCUCCAACCGCAACGUGAGAUGCCUCUUCACCAAGGAGACCAACCGGCGCAUGUCAUCCAUCAAACAGGUGCAGGAUCUCGAAAGGCAGCUGGCCCAGGCGAAGCAGCAACUGCACCAGCUGCGCAUGGGCAUCUCGAAAUCCGAGGACUCCAACUAUGACACCAGCGACGAAACCCCCAAAAUCCCCGAGAUCGGCUACCGCCCGUUGCGCAUCCACACCCCCAGCGCCAACCUCAACUAUGCCGGCGUCUGCUCCAGAAUGCGCCUGCACGGCCAGGGCCUGAUCAACUUCCCCCUCACGCCCUCCUACAUCCGCCAGCAAGCCAUCCUGACUGCCGACUACCCUGCCCUGCCGCCCAAAUCCGUGGCGGACGCGCUGCUGCGCCACUACCACGCCUUCAUCCACUCCGUCUUCCCCAUCAUGCACUGGCCCGCGCUCCUCGACGACUACGAUCGCGUAUACCGCGCCGGCUCGCUGCGCGGCGCCCCGCGAGGCUGGACCGCCGUCUUUCUGGCCGUCCUGGCGUGCGGCUCGCUGCACUCGCUCGAUGCGGCGCUGGUCGCCAAGGGCAAGGAGUACAUCCAGGCCUCGCUGAAUCUGACCGACCUCUGGCAGGACGGCUUCUCCGUGGAUCAGGCGCGCGCGGGGAUGCUGAUCAGCAUUUUCCUGUACGAGAAUAAUCUCAAGUCGGCCAGUUGGGUCUGGCUGGGCUGUGCCGUGAGAAUCGCGCAGGAUCUCGGCUUACACGUUGAGUCCGGAGCGUGGACGCCGCUCGAUGCCGAAAUGAGGCGGAGAAUAUGGUGGUCGUUGUAUGCUUGGGAAAGAGUCGUCGUGCUCGAGUUGGGCCGUCCGUUAUUGAUUCACGACGAGGAUUGCGAUGCGGACUUGCCGUCAGCCGUGGAGGACCAUCUCAUGGCUGACGGUGGCAUCGCUCCCGUAGAGUCGCGGACGAACGCGCUCCUCGCCAUCAUCCACGUCCUGCGAUCCGUAUCGCAGCUCGCCAAAGCCCUAAAGUCGCGCGUAAUAUGUGCAGAAACCCUGGAUGUAUUCGAACGGCACUUUCGAAUGUGCCUGUCGAGUUUCCCCGUGGACUACCAUAUCAACUCCACCCAGCCCCUAGACCCCCAAUCGCUAUCCCCAAUCAUCUACCUUCAAAACACCAGACUCGUCCUUCAUCGCCAUAACCUAUCGCCGGCAUGUUCCCCGGAGAUGAGGCACCAUGCGAUAGAGCAAUGUCUGGCCAUCGCCAACGACACCACCCGCAUCCUAACACGCUGCAUGCGCUCCGCCCAGCCCUCCGUAAGCUCCGAGGACGGAGACAGGCGCUACCUGCUCGCAGCCGCCGCCAGCACCGUCCUAUGCACGCACCUCUGGCGCUGCACCUUGCUCCUCCUUUUCAAAGCCGAAUACUCCGCGGCCCUGAUCUGCAUCCAAGCCAGCGCGGCCAUCGGCGACGCGCGCACCGUCAACGUCGCCGCGGGCAAAUACAUCGCGUUCUUCCUGAAAUGCCUGCUGGAGCGGCAACCGGCGCCGCCGCACGGCGAGAUCCCCAGCCUCGAGCGCGAUGAGGAGAUGAUCGCGUACGUCUCGGGCGACCUGCAGGCGCGCAUCGACGGCAGCUGGGUGUGGCAGAACAGCGACGCGCCGUCGCCGCUGACCACCACCACCACCUCGUCCCCGCCUCCGCUGCCGCCGCCCACCACCGCCAGCACCGCGUCGCCGUCGUCGUCGUCCGCCACCUCGCCCGUGCGCCCGCGUUUCGUGGAUCCGCCCCGCAGCGAGCCGUCCAGGAAGGAUGACGCCGGCGGCGAUCACGACGCGUGGGAAGGGUGGGAGUGGGUGGAGCAGACCACGCAGAUGCUACUGUCUCAGCAGCAGCAGCAGCAGCAGAGAGGCAUGAUCGAGCCGCCGGUGGAUAGCCAGCGGUCCGUUCACAUCGAGCCGAAGCCCGAGCACCCUGUGGAGAACCCGUCGCGGCCGCCGCUGCAUCGAUCGUCGAGCUCGAAGAUGACGAUUGCUAGUAUUAUCUAG